CCGGCGGCGCAGUGUGAGGGUGUCUUCAGGUUUUCCUGCCCGCUCAGCCUCACAGAAAAUUCCUGGCGUACUUCUAAAUCUUCGCAUGUCUGAGGUUCUUGUCCAUUCAGCCUCACAGAAAGUUCAUGCCUGAGUGCCCAUUACGGUAGUCUGUAAUUAUGUUGAACACCUACACUUUUCGUGAAGAAUAUUGGACAGAAACUAUAUGAAGCUUCGCUGAAGUUGUUUAAUUUUGUAGAAUGAUCUGGACGCCAAAAUAUAAAAUACUCGUCAUAUUGGGCUUUCAUUCCACUUACAAUCAAACUAAUAACCACACGGAUAAAAGACAAACUGCUCACAAUAUGGACACGUCUAGCUAAUCAGAUUAUCAAGCCUUUAAAAAUGGAGUGAGGCAGCGUAACAGCUCUUGACCUGUAAAUAAACGGAGGUAGAACAGUCCUAAGCCUGUAAAUGAGCUGAGAACAUCGUGGGCGAGUAUGUGUGGAGUGUUGCUCGUGCUGUGGCAGGUGCCUCGACCCCAUGCUACAUCCACCAGCCUUCAUCAUCUCUCCCCGCCCGUACACGCACCUUUCCCCACAUCCCACGCACACAUCAGCAACCCCCGCUACCUGCAGGUGCUGGAGGGAAGCUCGAGUGGCUCUCAACACCUGGGAGAUCCUGCUGUCUCCACUACGAUAUCUGAUGAAGGCUCCAGCUCCUCUAACCCGAGGCUCAGCGGUCCUCUCAGAGAUGCCACGGUGGGUCAGGGAAGCGCAGCUCCUGCCCAUUCCCACUUGUUACAGGGAUGGUUCAAAAUACCCUGGCAUCCAGUGGGUCACGCUGCCCACCUCGGCCAUCACCACUCCAUAAGGCACUUCAAUUCUAGUUAUGUUCCCGAAUUCAAUGUAGAAAAUUUAAAGGCGCCUGUUAAGACGAGGCUGCGGUAUAAAGAACGUAGGAAACAAGAAAGAUUGGGGUCUAACACCAAGAAUAACAAGGAAUUCAACAAGAACCUGAAGGAAGACAGUCACAAGACAAGCAGAGAACGUUCUUCACCUAAAGACUUCGACACAGGUGUCCAUAGCAAUGGAAAGGAGAAAAUCAGUGUGAUCACACAAGAUUAUAAAUUUGUCAAUGAACCGUUGGGUUAUGUAAUGAGGAACAGUGAUCAUGAUCACAGGAAUGACGAAAAUGAGUCUGUCAAACAGUACAACGGUGAUGAGGAGGAUAAUUACAGUGAAAGGCAGAGUGAGAACAGGAGAGGUGUAUACACAGUCACAUCUUCCCAUGCCUCAUUCUUGAUGUAUAAUACAAAAUCCACAUAUAAUAUCACACCCUCUGAAGCCUCGGCCUUGGUAUACAAUAGUACUGGACACAUGUAUAACUUGACACCUGUCAGUGACUCAUUUUUAGAGAACAACAGCACUAGAGGCAUGAAUGUCACAUCUGCCAAUAUUUCAUUCUUGGUAUACAAUAAUACUCGAGGCACUUACAAUGUUACACCUACUGAUGCCACAAUAUUGGUGUAUAAUAGGAUACCCAAAUGUGCCUCUUCUACUAUGCAAACCAUAAUCAGAAGGCUCUCGCGUCAUUUAGGGUUUGAUCAUGUCUCAUCUUUGAUAUAUGACAAACGGCAGCUGAGCCAAGAUGACCAGGAACAAUUAAUAGAGAACCUUACCUCAUCUGUUAAAGGCACACCUUCUCAUGCGCUAAGCUAUGACCGGCACAUCUACUAUACCAAUUUCACAGCGUUGAAUGCAGGUCGUCCUGUCUAUAUAAACAUCAUUAGAGACCCAGUAGAGAGGUUCAUCUCUUCUUUUUACUAUCGUCGCAGCGAGGAGAGGCGCAACCGCAUCCUGGCAAGAGGUUACCCAACCUUAUUCUCACCCAGCUGGGUAAAUAGAACUGUGGAACAGUGUGUCAUGCACCAUGAUGCUGAAUGUUUGUUUCUACCAGGAGAGGAAAAGGAGACAACUGUCACAUUUUUCUGUGGUCACCACACAUUCUGCCGGAUACUAGGGCAUCCUGAUGCCUUACAAGUUGCCAAGAAAGUUGUAUCAGAAGAGUACAGUGUUGUUGGGUUGGUCAAUCAAAUGGAUAUUUCUCUCCUCCUUAUGGAGGCACUUGUUCCACGCUACUUGACUGGGGCUCUCAAAGUAUAUGAUAAAAUACGACACCAAGAACAUAUAAUUGUUAAUCAAAAUCAAAAGAAGCCUGAAGUUCCUAUUUCAACUCGACAAGAGCUACUGAGAAGAAUGGCCGACGAUGUAGAUUUCUACAAUUUCCUCCAACAACGACUUUAUGAACAGAAGCAAACUUUCCUCUCUAGACAGAAUAUAUAGUCUUACAAUCAUCUAGUCAAUUGAUAAAAUAAAUUAGUCAUUAAUUUCAUUCCCGUUUGAGAAAUUCAGGAGGUUUUCAACUCUAGUAGCUGUGUUUCUGGUGAUUCAGCUUGCAAACGAGUCAUUUGUAACCUUAAAUACUUUUUUUGUUAACAUGCUGGCCAUCUCCCACUGAGGCAGGGCCACCAAAAAAAAAAAAUGUUUUCAUCAUUAUUCACACUAUCACUGUCUUGCCAGAGGCAUGCAUGUACAACAGUUCAGAUGUCAAAAAUCUGUUAUCUUACAGAAAAAAAGAUAGUACAAAUGAUACUUAUGAGUAACAUGUUCUUACCUGCAGACUGAUGCUCCUAAAACAAUUAUUUUCUCAAUAUAAUGUCUUUUGACCCUUGAUGGAAAGUGUGAAUCAUUGUAAUGUUAACUUUUGUGAAUUGGGGACCUUCUGAUGUCCUAAAAUUCUUUACUGGUAACAAAUUUGGGCAGAUAAAA